AUGUACGCUGAGCAAGCCAACAAGCUAGCACAAGAUGCGAAACGUAUCCAAGGCCUGCCUCACCUCCCACCAUACGCCGCCACCACAGUCCGAGCAGUAACAAAAGAAGUCCGCGACCUUGACCGCGAAGUCAGCAACCUCCUUCUUCCUUACGGAAACUCCCAAAGCAGCGAUGGCACUCAGAUCAAGAGCAGCUUCAAUCCCGCAGACGAUCCGGCAACAGCUUGCGCCCUACUGGUCAACCACUUAAGCAUGCGCCGCAACAAACGUUGCCUUCUCGCCUACCACCGUGUCCGCACAGAUAAGAUGGAAGAAAUGUGCUGGUCGGGCCUCGACAUCGCCGACCUCCAGUCUGCCACUACCGCCUCCUUCUCUCGAGGACAGAGCGCGGGUGGAAGUGCACCGGCCUCUAGUCUCAGCGCCGAAGAAGAACAAUAUAUGCACCAAUACAGCGAUCUUCUGGCAGCCUACAAAGGCCAAUGGACCGAUAUCGAUCUGACGGGGAGUUUGGAGCCACCGAAGGAUAUAUUUAUUGAUGUCAGGGUGUUGAAAGAUGCCGGCGAGAUCCAGACAGAGUAUGGGAGCAUUACGCUCACGAAGAACAGUCAGUUGCAUGUGAGGCAGGCGGAUGUGCAGAGUUUGAUUCAACAGGGGUACUUGCAGAAGUUGGGGUGA